AAUGAUCAUAUCUGGUUUCACAAUUGCAAAUAAGAUUUCAUUUAUUAAGAUGAGUUAACGUUAUUGUGUUAACAAUGCAAUUUCAAGACUCUUGUAACAGAAUAUGAGUUUGUUUGUCUAAAAACUUCCGAAAGAUUUAAAUUCACAGCAAAUCAAAUUGGAGAAUUCUUUGUCUGAUUGCAUUUUUAUGUAUUUAUUUUCUUAAUUUUCAACUUGA